AUGACCGGGUGCAUGGUGAUCCCCUAACCUAAAUAUGAAUACCUGGCGCACCUGAGAUUAUUCACGAUAAUUGUUUAUUUUCGUGGUAACGCUACUUAUUCCUGUGACCGUUUGUAACAUUAAUGACAAUGCUGCAGUUCAGCGCGAUGCUGUACACUGCGACUGCUAGGAUCGCACCUCGCUCAUCCUGGCGUUUCACUGGCUUUGUGGCCUGCAACUCCAGUACGGCAGUCACCGGCGAGAUAUCCGCCACACCUGUGAAUGAAGACAACAAUGCUAAUUUUUCAAAAAUAGAAGCCGUUGUACAGAAAGAAGAGGAACAGCAACCUAAGGAUACGAGUUUCCAGACAACAUUUCAUAUGACAGAAGAAAGAAACGGUAGGAAGAAACGAUUGAAUGACAGCAACACAGUAUUUUUCAAGCAAUUUCAAGCUGCCAAGUCUGUAAAUGAUUUGUUGGACUUGGCAGUAUUACCAAACCUGUCUACAAGUAAUGCUCUGAAGCUGAUAUCGAGCAUAACUAAUCAGAUAAACAGUGGGAAAUCGCAGACAUUAGACAUUGAGACUGAUGAACGAUUUAUUCACCUCAGCAAGAUAGUUAAGAAUGAUGAGAGUGAUGAGGUGAAAAUUUAUAAAAAAUCAAAUAAUUUGUCUAAAUACUCUCAAUUAUCCACACCUGCAAUGAUUGAAGUGAUAACAUCGUUGAGAGAACAAAGAGACAGAAAUACUCCACUAUUAAAGAUGUUGUCGUACAAUAUUGUCAAAUACAAUAUAGCAUUAAAUUUGAACCAAUGUGCGACUUUGUUGUAUAGCAUGGCUAUACUUAAUUUUCCAGACAAGGUCUUGUUAGAAAAAAUCGCAUCUGACUUACUGGAGUGUGUACCAAAAAGCAAGAACGCUGCUUUAAACAAAUCCAUAAUAACGUCACUAGGAUUUCUGCGUUACAAAAAUACAGAUAUACUUGAUGCACUCUGUAAUACCUUAUUUUUGAACUCAAUGGAUUAUAAAUUUCUGGAUUAUUCAUCAAUACUACAAACGUUUGCGGCUCUACAGCAUAAAUCCCUGAAAGCAAACUCGUUUCUCGAGAAAUUUACAGAAUGUGUAAGCCCAUUCCAAACGUCUUGGAUUGAAUGGCUGGAUAUUACUUGGGCCUUAGCAGUUUUAGGUGUAGUGGAACCACGACACGUAAAAAUCCUGCUGGAUCCUGUAUUAGUAGAAAAAAACGCCUUUAAUCAGUUAAAUAUAUCAAAGAUAUUAAAAUUAUUAAAUAUCAACGCUGUGGCACAGUUUGUACUGAAGGAUUAUGAAGGACCUUUUUUAAACAAAGAUUCAGAAUUUAAUAAUGUAUCUAUAGCUAGAUCAAAGGAGAAACAAAUGUACAUAAAUGCGUUAUUGGAAACAUUAACAGAAAUGUUACCGUCUCCGUCUUAUUUUAAAAUAAAUUUUGAUACAAACAUGGGCUUUUUAUUAGAUGCUGAAUAUCGCAUAAAUAGUGAACACAGGUUUAUAAAAGUGGAAGAUUGGAAUGAACAAUCGAAUAAUGUACAAAGAAUAGCAAUAAUGGUGCACGAUUACCAUGAUUAUUGCAUAGGACAGAAUGAUCUCGUAGGAUCGCAGUAUUUAUAUACGCAAUUAUUAAAAGCCAGAGGAUACGAAAUCAUAACAAUUUCUUAUGAAAAUUUCAGUGUACAGGACAAUGUAAAAAAACGAGUCAACUAUUUGAAACAAUGCAUGAAUCGUAUAAAAGAAACGAAAUCAGCAAAACAAAUUAAAUUGAUAUAGUCCAAUAUUGGCUUAGUUUAAUAAAA